AUGGACCCAUACGGAAGACCAAUUUAUCCACCAGGUUACAUCCCUGUAGUCGACCCAUUAGGAAUGCCAAUUGCACCUGCCGUUGCCCCAGUAGUACCAAUUACUCCAAUGGCACCAAUCGGAGCACCAGUUGUAUACCCAACUGCUUACCCAGGAGCACCAGUUGUCUAUCCAUCUGCAUACCCAGCAGGUUAUCCAGCAGGUUACCCCGGUGCAUACCCACCAGCCUAUGGUUAUGGUCAUCAUCACCACCACAAGGGAUUCAAAAGAUUUUAUAAAGGAUUCAAAUAA